AUGAAUUUUAAUUCAUAUUAUUUAUAUUUAUUUUUGCUUUUAUGCACUAUAAACUAUUCCUACACUAAGGAAAAAGAGCUUGUUGAUGGAGAAGUAAUCGGUAUCGAACUUGGGACAACCCAUACUCGUGUAGGGAUUUACAAGAAUGGCGGUGUAUUUUUCUUUCCAAACAUUGAAGGAUAUAGUGUAACUCCUUCAUUUGUUUAUUUCGGUAUAAAACAAAAUUUUAUCGGUCCCAUAGCAAAGGAGCUUGCUAAAUACAAUCCAACAAAUACAAUUUUCAAUAUAAAAAGUAUAAUUGGUAGAAAUUUCAAUGACCCUUUUAUUCAAAAUGAAAUAAAAUGGUUGCCCUAUAAGAUCUCUUCAAAAGAUGAUAAACUAUAUGUUUCAGUUAUGGAGAAAAAAAUACAAAAGCUUUACACACCGGAGGAAAUCUUAGCCAUGAUUUUGUCCAAGAUAAAGAAUGAUGUAGAAUCGUACCUAGGGAAACCAAUCAAGAAUGCAGUAAUUACUUGUCCUUCAUAUUUCAAUGAUGCUCAACGUCAAGCCAUGAAAGAUACAACUGUCUUGGCAGGAUUGAAUGUGUUACGCAUCAUUAAUGAACCAACCGCUGCUGCGUUGUCAUACUAUUACAAAGAUACCACUUCUCAUAAGAAGAACGUCUUAGUCUAUCAUUUGGGUGUUAGUACGUUAGGUGUUUCAAUGAUGAGCAUCGAAAAAGGAAUCUUUCAAGUUCUAGCCACCAAUGGAGACGAUUCCACCGGUGGUGAAGACUAUGUCAAACGAAUUAUGAAGUACAUGUUGGAUGUCUUCAAAAGUAAGACCGGUACAGACCCCAUUUUAGACCAAUUGGCACUCCUUAGAUUAAGAAAUGCUACAGAGAAUGCCAUUCGAGAACUUUACACUUCUACAAAAAGUACUCUUGAAAUCAAAUACUUAGUUGAUGGUGAAAGUUUAGAAGAGAUAUUAACUCGUACCGAAUUCGAAAAUUUGAACAGUUUUUUAUUCGACUUAACUAUUGAUAGUGUAAAGAAAGUUCUAGAAGAUUCCAAUUUGACAAAGUACCAAGUUGAUGAAGUUUUGUUGGUUGGUGAAUCCUCCCGCAUUCAAUAUAUCAAAUACUUGUUGAAGAAAUUCUUUGGUUACAAAAAAAUAAGAGAGGUAGAAAACCCAGAGAAAGAAGUUGCAAAGGGUGUUGUCAUCCAGGCUGGAAUCUUAUCAAACUCCAAAGGUACUGAAGUUAUCAAAUCAGUGUUGGAAGUCACUCCAUGGACUGUGAUUUUCACUAUAAAACAAUUAAAAAGCAAAAAGGUAUUGAUUAAAGUUUACGAAGGUGAAAGUUCGAUGACCAGUCUCAACACUUUUUUGGGUCAAUUCGAUUUACCUGUUAUACCACCAGAAUCUGGUGGCGUCGCAAAAGUAAAAGUCAAUUUGGCAGUAGAUAUUAAUGGAAUUCUUCAGGUUUCUGCUGAGGACAUGGAGUGUGUAUCAUCAGUUAAUUAUAUAAUGAUUGAAGCAAAUAAAGUUAAAUUACCAAAUACUAAAUUAUUUAUUAAUAAUCAAUGGGUAGAUCCAGUCGAGCCAAAACAAUUCAAAACUUUCAAUCCAACUACUGAAGAGUUGAUCUGUGAAAUCUCUGAAGGUUCUUCAAAAGAUGUAGAUUUAGCUGUUGCAGCUGCAAGAGAUGCAUUCGAGAAUGGAGCAUGGUCAAAGAUGUCUGCUACUGAUAGAGGUACUCUUUUGUACAAGUUGGCCGAUUUGAUUGAGAAGAACAAAGAGUGGUUGGCCGCUUUGGAGACAACAGAGAUGGGAAAGCCAUAUGCUGCUUCGCUCCACUUUGAUUUGGCACAAGCUGCAGGUUGCAUUAGAUAUUUCGCUGGUUGGACUGACAAGAUCCAGGGUAAGCUCAUCCAGAGUGCCGCCAACAACCUGACUGCCUACACCAGACACGAGCCAGUGGGUGUCGCCGCUUUCAUCACACCAUGGAACUUCCCAUUCUUGAUUAUGUGUUGGAAGUUGGGACCUGCUUUGGCCAGUGGUUGCACCGUUGUCGCCAAGCCAAGUGAACACACAUCGCUCACCGCUCUCGCACUGUGCCAGUUGAUUGCCGACGCUGGAUUCCCACCAGGUGUUUUCAAUAUGGUCAAUGGAUAUGGACAUACCGUUGGUGAUGCAAUCUCUCGUCACCCUGACAUCGAUAAGAUCUCAUUCACUGGAUCCACCAGAGUUGGACGUCUCGUUAUGGAAGCAUCCGGAAAGAGUAACUUGAAGAAAGUUACACUGGAACUCGGUGGUAAAUCUCCAAACAUUGUGUUUGACGAUGCCGAUCUUGAGAGAUCGGUAAAGGGUGCUGUCAAUGCUAUGUAUAUCAAUAUGGGACAAUGUUGUUGUGCUGGUUCGCGUCUCUUUGUCCAAGAGGGAAUCUAUGACAAGUUCUUGGAGAAGUUCAUUCCCGCUGUCCAGGCACUGAAGGUCGGUAAUCCAUUCGAGUCGAACGACCAAGGUCCAAUGGCGAGCAAGGAGCACUUUGACCGUGUACUCAACUAUCUUGCCAUCGGAAAGAAAGAGGGUGCCAAGGUGUUGGUCGGCGGUGAGAAGCAUACCGAUCGUGGAUACUUUAUCCAACCGACUGUACUCGUCGACGUGAAGGACGACAUGUGUGUUGGAACCGAAGAGAUCUUUGGUCCAGUGGUUUGUGUAUUCAAAUUCAAAACCGUUGACGAAGUGAUCACCCGUGCCAACAACUCUGCUUACGGAUUGGCUGCCGGUGUCUGGACAGAGAACAUCAGCACUGCUCACCGUGUUGAGAAGAAACUGAAAGCUGGAACCAUUUGGAUCAACGAAUACAACUACAUUCACUAUCUCGUUCCAUUCGGUGGUUACAAACAAUCGGGAUUCGGUAAGGAUCUCAGUGAGUAUGCCAUUCAAGAGUAUUGCAAUGUAAAAGCUGUUAUUUUAAAUCAUGGACCUGCACUUUAA